AUGAAUCCAAACAGAAACGAUUGGAGCCUCCGCCUUAAUGAUGCUUUGUGGGCGUACAGAACAGCAUAUAAGACGCCAAUUGGGAUGUCUCCAUAUAGGCUUGUGUUUGGCAAACCCUGUCACCUUCCGGUAGAAUUGGAACACAAAGCCUUUUGGGCCGUGAAGCAAUGCAAUAUGGAGAUGGAUGCAGCAGAUGAGCAAAGGAAACUUCAGUUACAAGAACUUGAGGAAAUCCGAAAUGAUGCUUUUGAGAACACAAGAAUUUAUAAGGAGAAGACUAAGGCAUUUCAUGAAGAGCGCAUCACACAAAAGACAUUUACAGUGGGGCAGAAAGUCCUCUUGUACCAUUCUCGGCUCAAACGUUUUCCUGGUAAACUCCGUUCUCAAUGGGUGGGGUCGUUUGUUGUUACAAAGGUGUAUGACCAUGGUGCGGUGGAGAUUCGUAGUGAGGACACGGGGAAGGAGUUCAAGGUGAACGGUCAUUGA